UUUUUUUAAGUAAAUUUGAAACCGUUUCAGUUGUGUCCAUAACAGUUUAUAGUAGAGUAGUUAAGUUGAUGUGUGUGAGCGUUAUCCCACCACACGUUCCUCGUUCUAGUUCUACUGGUUAAACAAUCGGCAACGUGAUAUCGUUUAUGUCAUUAUUGAAUAUCUUGGAGCAAUAUUAAUGUGAGCUACUUUAUUAAAAUGGCUUUAUUUUGCGUUAAACAUUCAAAUACCACAGCAUCAAUAUCAGUUAUAUCUGAUGUAUUAUGUCAGAAAAACUCGUCAAAAUUUGGAGAUGCGUAUGCUACAUUCAAAAGAUUAGGUAUUUUUCAAGUAAAGGAUUUGGCUAAUUUAUCUUUGACACAAGUCAGUCAAAUCCCCCUGGGUACGGAUAUUGAUAUAAUAGCUGUUCUCUAUGAUGCAUUAGAAUUAUAUGAUAAACAAUGUAAAAUGCAAUUGAAAAAUGCUCAUGAAGAAUAUGAAAACAAUAAUAUUGUCAAUUCCCAAAUCAUGGGUCUUGAACUAUUGAAACAUAAUGACAAGGAUAUAAAUACAUUAAUAUUAUUGACUGCAACUUAUUUUCGUAAUGAAGAAUAUGAUGAAUCAAUUAAAUAUUGUUGUACUAUACUUAAAAUUGAACCAAACUGUAGUGAUGCAUAUAGAAAUUUAGGUUCGAAUUAUUUUAAAAAAUGUGAUCUUAUAAAGGCAAUAGAAGCAUAUUAUUAUGCUGCAGAGAGUAGUUAUGAUAAUGAUUGUUGGUACUUAUUUGCUAAAGCAAUAAUUUUAAAUCAUCCAGAAACAGCAGAAUUUGCUUAUCAAUCUGUUUUGCAUUAUAAACCUGAUUUGUAUUUGUUACGUUAUGAAUAUGCCAAUUAUUUAUUUUCAUUAAAUCGAAUGAAAGAGGCUGAAAAUCAAUUUGAAAUGGUUGCAAAUGAUAAACCGGAAUUCUCACCAAUUUUUAAUAAUUUGGGAUGUAUUCAUUUCAAAAAUAAUAAAGAAAAUGCACUUCAUCAUUAUAAUAAAGCAGUGGAUUUGGAUCCUAAAUUAACAGUUGCUUGGGUUAAUUUGGGAAUUACUUACAUCAAAUUAAAAAAAUAUGAUGAUGCCAUAGAAGUUUUUCAAAAAGCUUCUCAGUUGGACCCAAAUAACUCUACUUCAUCGCAAUAUUUAGCUCGUAUUUAUUUGAAGCAAGAAAAUAUAGUAUCAGCUAUUGACACUUAUAAAAAAUAUCUGCUGAUUCAACCGAAUAAUGUAGAAGUGAAUUAUGAGUUAGGUGUAGUUUACCUCAAUUCUUUGAAAAAUAGCAUUGAAGCAAUCAAAUAUUUGGAAAAAUGUAUGGAAUUAAAUCUAAAAACUAAAGAUUUUUUUAUCAAUCUUGCAAAAACAUAUAUUGCUUUAGAAAAAAAACAAUGUGCUUCUAUGGUAUAUGUAUCAUUGGGUGAUUAUUAUAUUCAACAAAAUGAUGAAAAAGCCAAAAGGGCAUAUACUGCUGCCUUAUUGAUUGAUCCAGAUAACGCAGAAGGGCAUUGGAAACUAGGAAUACAAUAUUUUCGAUUGGGUCUUCUUGAUAUGGCUGCAAAGAGGUAUAGAAAAUCUAUAGAAUUGAGGCCUAAUUUUCCUGAUGUAUACUAUGAUAGUGCAAUAUUAUUUGAAAUAAAAAAACUGGAUGAAAAAGCAAUAAACUACUAUAAAAUGGUUUUACAACUUCAACCAGAUCAUUAUAAUGCAUAUUGUAAUUUGAUACUUUUGAAUCAGAAAUUGGGCCGUACUGAUGAUAUUUUUAAACUAAAUAAUAAGUUUCUUUUGAGUAAAAAUGUAUAUAAUCUUGAAGGACAUAUUAAAAUGGCAAAUAUUUUUUAUUAUAACAAAAGAAAUCUUGAUAUUGCACUUCUACAUUGUGAAAAAGCCUUGAGUAUUGAUAGUACAUCUCCCAAUGUUCAUAUUUUUAAAGGGAAUGUAUUACUGGAAUUGAAGAAAACUGGAGAAGCAAUGACUUGUUUUGAAACAGCAAUUAAACUAGAUCCACACAGUAUAAUAGCUCAUACUAAUAUUGGGUCCAUCUAUAAGAACAAAGGAAAUUUCAUGGAAGCAAUAAAUUCAUAUGAAAUAGUUUUGAAGCUUCGACCAGAUUUCCCAGAUGCUUAUUGUAAUUUAAUACAAUGUUAUCAGUACAUUUGUAAUUGGCAAGACUAUGAUUUCUAUGUUGGAAAAUUAAAAGAUAUAAUAUUAAAACAAAUUAAUGAUGGACAAUUGCCAUCAAUAGAUCCCUACCAUUCUUUAAUGUAUCCAUUUUCUUCUGAAGUACUAAGAAGAAUUGCUUCAACGAAUGCAGAAAAGUGUAUUGAGAAAUCAAAUAUAGAAAUUGAUCUAAUUCAAAGUUAUAAAUAUCCAAUAUCAUUGACACCUGAUGGAUGCAUUCGUGUAGGUUAUGUAUCUUCAGAUUUUGGUAAUCUGCAGUUGAUGCAAUCCAUUCCAAAUUUGCACAACAAAAGCAAGAUUGAAGUAUUUUUUUAUGCUCUAUCGUCAAAUGAUGAUUCAAAAUCUUGGUUUAAAAUAUCAUCUGAAUCGGAUCAUUUUAGAGAUAUUUCCAAAUUGAAUGUAGUUGAUGCUGCUGAUCAAAUAAAUAGUGAUGGGAUUCAUAUUUUAAUUAAUAUGAAUGGUUAUACUGAAGGGGCUAGAAAUGAGAUAUUUGCUUUACGACCAGCUGCAAUUCAAGUUUUAUGGCUUGGUUAUCCUGGUACUAGCGGUGCUACAUUUAUUGAUUACUUGAUUACCGAUAAAAUAUGUUCACCACCUGAAUUUAAUCAUUAUUAUACUGAAAAAUUAGCAUACAUGAAUCAGUCUGUUUUUGUUGGUGAUCAUAAACAGUUAUAUGGUGAUUUAAGUCCGCGCACCAAUAAUAAUUAUCAAAACAUACCUACAAGAGAGCUUAAGACUACUAUUAUAAUAAAUAAUGGAGUUCAUAGUAUCAAAAAACCAAAACCAAAUCAUUCUAUACUACCAAAAAAUUUUCCUACUUCUAUGUAUAGUAUUAGAAAACGUGCAGAUGGCCAGGAAAAAUUUUACACUAGAUCCCAAUAUAAUUUACCUGAAAACGCUAUUGUUUAUUGUAAUUUUGGUAAAUUAUAUAAAAUAGACCCUCAUACUUUUAAGAUGUGGAUAACUAUUUUAAAAAAUGUUCCUAAUUCUGUACUAUGGCUUCUUAAAUUUUCUGAAGCUGGAGUUGAAAACUUAUUGAGUAUUAUUUCAUCAUCAAAUGUGGAUCGAUCACGUAUAAUUUUUAGUGACAUAGAACUAAAAGAUGAUCACAUGAGACGAAUACAGUUGGCUGAUAUAUUUUUGGAUACUUGCAUAUGCAAUGGCCAUACUACUUGCUUGGAUGCAUUAUGGGCUGGAAUACCAAUAGUAACAUUACCAGGAGAAACAUUUGCAUCUCGUGUUUCUGCUUCCCAAUUAACUACACUAGGAUGUAUCGAGACAAUUGCUCUUAAUAAAGAACAAUAUAUAGACAUAGCAGUAAAAUUUGGGAAGGAUAAACAUUUAUUGGAGAAUAUUAGAUCAAAAAUUUGGACAUUAAGAACAGAGAGUAAAUUGUUUGAUUGUAAAUCAUAUGCCGAAGAACUUGAAAUUAUUUAUGAAGAUAUAUGGAAUAAGUUUUUAUUUGGGAACCAUUUAGAUAUAUAAUAUUUAUUUUAGCAAACAUGAUUACUAU